GGAGGAGUCAUCUAAUGUUGAUCACCUCUCCUACCAAGGUACAAAUCUCUUAAAAGGCAAUUUUUGCCUCCGCCUGUAAAGAAUCUCACACCUAGAGAAAGGCGAAAAUGACUUCCAAUAGGAAAGCAUUAACUGAAAGGUUGGACAGGAUCAUGGCUCUUGCCCAGGACAUGCCACCAGAGGAGAAUGUGUUUUCUUACAAAGAGGUAAGAACACUAGAGAAAAAGAGCAAAACAAUGGAUGCUUAGGACAUUCUCUUGAACUAGCUAAAGAAGUAUGGUGUAAAUGAAAUUCCCAUGAGGUGAUGGUGAUAUAUAGCUGCUUAAAAACUAUACUAAAAAUCAUUAUUUUCAGUAAGGAUUGACAUCAUACUCUCUGGAUAAUAAUUGCCAAGAUCAUUUUCCUUUUAUUUUUGAGCAUUUCUGCAUGUACUGUUCCUCCAGUCUUUCCAUACCUCCCUAUUUUCAAGGAUCCAUAUAUUAUUAAAUUGGCCAACUUUUUCUGUUUCCUCAAGUGGCUAUUCGAUAUCUGUGGUAAGAGGCAUUCAGUUCCUUCUGUUUUAAUCAUUUAGAAUUUGUUUCAGGUAAUAAUUGGAUUCUCCAAAUCUUGAAUGAAUUGGUUACAGCAGAUCUAAAGAAAAAUAAAGAAGCACUGGAAGAGAGAAUGAAACACGAAGAAAAAGGAGACUAUACGUUUCUUGAAUUUGGAGAUCCAGGAAAAUUUGAGAGGAUAAAGAAGUUACCUUUUAGAAGAGUUUUGGCAACCCAUCUUCUUCCUGGUUGUCUACCAACAUCUAUUUCCAAGAAUAACGCCAAGAUAUUGAUGCUGUCUAGAAAUCCAAAGGAUGUGGCUGUAUCUUAUUUUCACUUUAGCCAUGGAAUGCCUCUGCUUCUUUCUUUUAAAACCUGGGAUGAGUUCUUCAAUGCUUUUAUGUGUGGAGAAGUGGUCUGGGGCUCCUAUUUUGACUACAUGAUUGAAUGGAACAAACAUAUCAACAAUAAAAAUAUUAUGUUUAUAACUUACGAAGAACUAAAAGAGAAUUUGAUUUUAGGAGUGAAAAAAAUCACUGAAUUCUUCGAGUUCUCCUUGACAGAGGAAGAACUACAGGCAGUUAUGGACAGGAGCAGCUUCCAGGCUAUGAAAGAGAACUCCCAUAGAACCCAUGGUACCUUCGGAAAUAUUCUCUUCCGCAAAGGUGCUAUUAGUGACUGGAAGACCCUUUUUACUGAAGCUCAAAACCAAGAGAUGGAGAGAAAAUUUGAAGAGUGUUUAGCAGAAACAAAACUGGGAGCCAAGAUAAUGUACAAGAAGUACUGCAAACCAUGAAGAUUAAAGCAUAAUUUCUGACAGAAGUUUCCCACAGGAUGAGCUGAUUCUGCAGAAAUCAAGACAAAUUAUGUAGUACUUGAUUCCAGCUUUACUACUUGAAUGUUUUAAGAAUCUAAUUUUCUUUUGAGAGAGAUCAUUUUUUUACCAGCCUUGAAUUUUACUAUGAUUUAGUUUAAUUUUUUCUCUUUAAACAAUGACAUUGUAAUGAUCACUUUUAGUACCACAAAGCUGUUAAAGUGCAUGAUUUGGGGAUAAAAACAACUUUUAUCACCAUGCACCAUAGAUUUUUAAAGUGACACUGCUCAUAUAUAGUAAAGAGUGGGCAACAUUUGCUAAAGAAAUGCCUUUCAUGUGGCUACAUCAGUAAUAAGUAACUUUUUAAGGCUGCAGGCUGGAUUGACCCAGUUAGGUCAGAGGUGAGCCUGUAGGUGGAUGGCAAGGUACUAGGGGGGACAGCCACUGCUGCCCCUUUUUCCUGUGACUGGCAGGGGAAACAUGGGCAUCUACCACUUUUCUCUGUUCCACUAUGGGGAAAAUGUCCACCACCACUGCUUUUCCUCUGUACCCACUACUGCUUCUUCUCCCCGUGCCUGCUGCUGCUUCCCUCACUAUCAGCAUAGGGAAAGUGACCACUGCCAGCACAGGAAAGGUGCCUGCCACUGCUACUUUCCUUGCACCUGCUGCCACUGUUUUUCUCCAGGCCAGGAUAGUGAAAGCAAGCUCUGUUGAAGAACUCGCUGCCCAAUGCCACUAUAGCCCCACAUCCACAGAACAAAUCAAUAGACUCUGUAGGCCAGAUUUGGCCUGCAGACCAUAGGCUGCUAAUCCCUGGCAACAUACUUUUGAAAGACAGUGUCCAAAAGAGUUGCAACACUACAUUCUCAAAGCUGUCAUUCAGGAAUGUCAACAACCAAGCUAUUGAAAUUAAAAAAAUCCUUUUGCUUGGUAAGAAUUUAAGUCAGUGUCAUUUUACUCUCAGCUGAACUGUGAACCUAGAGUCCAUCCUCUGUAAAGGGCAGCAUAUAACUGUGCCAAGGACAACAUUAAGGUGACUCAGAGUCCUGCUUCAAUCUUUCUCCAGAAAGGGAAGUUAUCCCUGCUAGCUCCUUUACUUUCUUAUUCUGAGUCAGCUUCAAAAUAUUGGCUGGUGUCUUCUGAAGACAGCACAAAGGGUUGAGCCCACACCGUACUCCUGCCCACCUGCAUGUGAAGGAAGGGCAAUAGUAGGCCAGUGGCUGCUUUUUCCUAUACACCAUCUCUGGUAAUACUAGAAACUUACGAAGAGAUGUGAGGGGACUCCUCAUAUCCCCUUACUUGCAAUGAACCAGAAUUUACACUGUUUGUACAGUGCCCAGCCCAGUAAGGCUUGGACUAAGUCACAGUCUCUUGACACUACCAUAGGAGUAAUACUGAGUAAGAAAAGCAAGAAUUUCCUUAUAAUGAAAAGAGUAUAUUUUCUCUUUCUUCUUAUUUAAAUGUGAUAGGAUGAUGUUUGUUCUGUCUUUCUAAAAUAAAUGUCCCUUUGGCCACAGACAAGGUGAAUGUUUGUGCAAGUCAUGGGUGAUUGAAAAGUUGAAAUAAGAAUACAAACGCAAUAUUAUCUGUAAUUCUAGCCAGCUAUCUGAAUUUUUCCCUCUUCUUAUUCAGUAUUAGUCCUAUAGUAGUGUCAGGAGACUGUGACUUAGUCCAAGCCCUUCUGGGCUUUGUGCUGUACAAACAGUGUAAAUCCUGGUGUAACAUAAAGCCAAAUACACAAAACCUAAUAUAAACACAUCUAGGUGAGGCACAACAUCUGAUUUAAGUCUUAGUCCCAGCUAAGAAAACAGAACAUUGAACUGAAAUUUGAAGCAUAAUACCCUAUAUUUUGUAAGUUAAGGAGCUUAACGUAAAAAUGUAACCAUCAUUACAUAAUGUUUACAUGGCUGGGUUCAAGGUACGGUUUUGUUCAAAUAUUUGAUGUCAACUGCAAGAAAAGUGCACAGUAUUUUUUCUCUUAACUACAAUUAUCAGGCAUAGACAAGGUCAGACUCUUAUCUUAUGGUGUUUGGUGGCUGUGGCCUGUAUGUGCUGAUACAUAUGACUACUUUCAUAUCUAAUAGGAGAGUUCUUUGUCUAAAGGCAGCAUUCUAGUCUUUCCUGGUAACAUAAGGGGCUAUUUGCAGCAUUUAUUCACCCAGAAGGAUUUUAUUCCUAGGUAUGCAACGUGACAAGAGGGAGAGCAAGAUUAUUCCUGUCUCUGGCCAUCAAUAGUUGAGUGCCUAAGUCACUUUCCUGGGAGGCCUGAGAACACAGGUCCCAAGCUCCACAUCCUCAGAGAAGCUUUGAUCCUGGGUCUUUGGCUGUCUAUCAUCACAGUUCUCUAACCAUCAAAUCACAGGCAACACAGUAGCAAGACCUUUUUCCUUUUUAAAGAUAGACACUAACUUAGUCAUUGGAAAAACUACCUGUAGGGCAGUGUAGGGGGAAGCUUCUGCCUCACUGGGAGUAAUGGCACCCACUUUUUCAGACUAUGGGUCACUUCAUUGAGACAUACACCCUCUGGGCUACUUGCUUUCCCUUGGCCCUAUAUAUCACCCACAUACCUCUCUUUGCUGGCUGCUGAGGGGCCCAGCUUCAAAAGUAAUGUCAGAGAAGGGGCUGGAUAAUGGCUGACCUCAGGUGUGGAGAUUAGACUGUGGUGCUGGGAAGUCAGAGACACAGAGAUUCAAGCCCCCUUUGAGAACUACAUUUUCAGGCAAUUAAGGCUGGCACACAUCCACAAGGAGAGAACAUAUGUGUCAUGGUUAUACAUGAGGCUCAUGUGGAGCCUACUGAACAUGCCCAAUCUGCGUAUGUACCUAGUCAUCUAUACAUACAAGACCAGAUGUCCAGGAAUAGAAUUACUGCCUGCAUGUGAGUUUAAAAAAUGCCAUGUAGAUGACCAAAAAAGGUGACUAGAAAGGAACUUCUGUAUGCAGGAUAGAUACAGUUGCAGUCAAGACAACUUGGCAAAAAUAUUCCAAUAUAUUUUUGUAGAAACUUGCCCUUAGAUUUGCCCACUUAUUUUUCUGAUUUUUUACAAAUGUCACCCAGGGCACAUUUCUGAUUAUUGGAGUUCUUUGCCAAAAAAUAUUCUAUGCCAUCCUUUAGAUGUUUGUGGAUCCAUGAAAUGCCUUGUAGGAAUUUUCAUUAAAAAUUGCUAUGGAUAUUUACAAUGUGAGAUCAUAUGUUUUAUACUAUACCAUUUUCCCUCUUUAGAGUCCAGACCAGCUUGUCAUGGAGGAGAUAUUUACCAGUACUAAAAUCAAACUGCCAAAUUUCCUGAAAGUAUAAAAUGGCAGCUCCCUUGAAGUCAAUGAAGUCCUUCCUCUGCAGUCUGAGAGAAUAUAACACUUAGGGAGGGUGUGUACAGAAGGGCUCUGUGCAUGUUCUACAGUGCUGUAAUUUAGAGCAUUUUUAUAGCACUAUAGUUACUGCACUGUUAAUCAUGACAGUGUACAUCUACACAAGAUACUUUACUGUGCAUUGGACUAAUUUAAGCUCCCUCCAGAGGUGGUGCAAUCGCCUACCCUGGAAAUCUUCAAGAGGAGACUAGAUGGUCACCUUGCUGGGGUCACCCAGUUGUCUUUCCUGCUUGGUGCAGGGGACUAGAUCCGAUGAACUUCCAAGGUCCCUUCCGGCCUUACAAACUAUGAAGCUAAUCUAAUGUGCAGCAAGGUGUCACUGUCUACAUGUGUGAAUGAUUUACUGUGCAGUAAAUUAAGCUAAUAUGUGGUUUAUAAAUACCAAGAAAUACAGAUACUAGAUUAACUAACAAUUUGUUCCCAGUCAGCCUAGACAGAAAAGGGCCACAUGGGGCAGAGUGAGGAGUGGUCUGCAGCUCUGGUGCAGAGAUUGGGAUCACAACCCAGCUUGGUGGGGCUGGCUUGGGCCAAUGCCCUGUGGCUGGGUGACAGCAGAGCUGUGAACUCUCCCCUCACUUUGCUUGCUGAGGGGGCAGGGAAGCUUUCUGUUCCCACAGCACUGGGUCAGGGACAGAGAGUUUCCCUGUCCCCUCAGCCCUGCUGCUGCCUGUGCAGUGCAUGCCCCAGCUGGCCCAGUUGGCUCCCACUCCCCUUCUGUGCCUGGGGGGAUCCAGGAGCUGAGCAGUGCCAGGACCUGGGAGAACUGCUGCAGGGGGGGAGAGGGGCAAGGCUUAGCAGUGCCAGGACUGGGGACAGAGAGCUCCCCCAGCCUCUCAGCAAGCAAAGCAAAGCAAAGGGAGAGCUCAGGGUGCUGCUGCUGCUUGGCCACAGGGCUUCAUCCCAAGCCUUAUUUUAAUGCGCAGUAACCUUAAGGUACAUUAAUUGCACAUGUAGACAUGCCCACAGAAGAGCAGUGUUUGGUGGGAGGGGCCUCUAAGCCUCACUGCACUGUCCAGUUAGGAGGCAGGAGGCACUCUACAGAGAAGUGGCUCUGGGCAGGCUCCAGUGUACAGAAGUUAUUUAAAAUACUGUAGGUUGCUAAAGUUCUGUAGAAUACGGCACUUCAAAUUUAAACUCUCAUUUAAUCAGGGUUAAUUUAUAGCUCUGGAGUCAUAUUUAAAGUACUGUAAAACCAUGAAUUUCUGUUAAGACACAGAAAUAAAACACUUUAAAUGGGAAAAAAGCAACUUCUGUAGACGCCCACAGGUGGUUCAUCUACAUGACACCCUUUACUGAGCAGCAGAUUAAUUUGCUGUACAGUAAAUCAUCACCAUCUACAUAUGCGUGGCAGUUAGGGUGCAGUAAACUAAUUUAUUGAACUGCUGGACAGUCCGUUCAGAUACAAGUGGUAUCUGGCAGUACAGUAAAUUACUGUGCUUAAAUGCACAUGUAGAUGCUGCUGUUGGGAUUAUUUUUAAUUAAAAUGGAAUAUAUUCAGUUGCAUUAAUUGUAUGUGUAGACAUGCCCAUGGUGUACUUCUGUUCCCUUUUGUGCACCUAAACAACAGUUGUCCUGCUUUGUAUGUGGCUUAUUUGGCACUUGCACACAGUUUGGGAUCCUGUUACCCAUGCAUCAUGGAUGUAUAAAUGCAUAUACAUAUACUAUGUGCUGGCCAGGCAGGUACAUAGCUACUUAUGUACACCUACUUACUCAUGUAAAUUGUUCCAGGAUUUCACCCACAUUCUCCAUGAUUUUAUUUUCUGGAGGUUUCUCCUCCCUGAACAGAUCCCAUUCUAAAGAUUCCUUAAUGAUGAUGUUUAUGCUAGUUCCUACAUUGCUCCUCUGUUGUUCUAGGGCAGUGAUUCUCAACCAGGGUCCCACAGCACUCUCUGGUGCCUGACAUCCUUUCAAGGGUGCCCCGAGUUACCACACAAUUUUAACAUUAUUAAAUUUGCAAGCAUGAUUCACAAGAGCCAUCCAGAGAUUUCAAAUAGGAAUCUAUAUUGUUAAAAGCGUUCUGACCUGUUGUGAUCUUUGAGUUCUUUGCAGCAGCGGAAUUGCUCUAUGAUUUUUCUGUAGUAAAAAGUGAGUUAAAAAAAAGAGCUGGCAUUUUCUGAGGGGGUGUCUCAGCUCUACCUACCUUGAGACUAAAAAGUUUGAGAACCAUUGUGCUAGGGUCUCAAUAGACGUACAUUGAAAGCUGCCCCUGUUGCAAAAAGCUUGUUUAAGACAAGAUGAAAGGGGUGGGAGAAAAAACAAAGGUGAGGUAUGGAAUGAGGAGUGGAAGAGAGAGCAAGGGUGCUGAGAGUAUAUAGUAAAUAAUAGCCUUUUGUUUAAAACAGGUUAGCCAUAAAUGCACUGUUGUCAGUGUCUGUCAAGCCUUGACUUGCUGUUCCUAUGCACACUUUUGGGAUCUGGAUCCUUUGUCUUGCACUUUAUCUUGAGAGGGAUCAAGAAUCCAAUGGUCUGUUUACCCUGUGAUCCCUUAUAUUCCCUCAUAGCUUAAACAUACCCUGUCCCAGAACUCCAGCCAAGUGUGCAAUCUGGGCUACAGAUUCGUGUCAUAGCAUGUCACAGAUACAAGCAGGCAGAAAGAUCUUGCACAGGAUUCUAAAGGUCAUUUCUCUUAAUUUAGUAGUAAGAGAAAUACACAGUUAAAGAUAAAAGAUCUGUUCCUACACCACACACCUUGUCUCCUCAAUUAUGGUUUUUUUCUAGUUGUGUUAACAUUUUUUGGCUCUCAUUUAAGCCAGGCUUCUACUUCUAUGGGUAACACAUGUAUGUUCAUCCGUUACCCUAUCCUGCCCAAGUCUUUCUUAGUGUCCCUCCCAGUUUUCCUCCCAAGAAUUCUUUUUUUAAAUCCUUCUUUUUUCACUUCUUUGCUUUUUUAUUUUAUUUUUUUUAUUUUGGGGACCUUUAGAGUCUCCAGACACAUAGCCCUACAGACACACAGGGGGGAAAACAUUCCUCCAGCUGUUGCUAACCUGUCAUAGUAAGUAUAGUUUGGCAAAGUUAACUGCUCUUCAUUAUCUCUAAUCUUUCAUGUAUGUGUAACAAGGCUUGUAAACACAAGUAGAUACAAAAUGUUUUUUUAAUAGAUAGUAAAUUUGAAGCUCUCUCUUCAUAAAAUUAACCAGAAUGUAUAAGUUAAACAUUAACAGCUUCUUUAAAGCAUCAACGCAGUAGACAGAUUUGCUUGCUUCCCAUUUUGGGCUCCAAUCCAGCUCCCAGAAGAGUCAAUAUUAUGAGUUGGAACUGGUUCAAGUUUUUUAUCUGGACCGCUGUUGACAGAGAUAGGGGGAGGAGUGAAGUGCUGUUCAUGUGGAGCAAAAAGUCUGUAUUUAAAGGUAGUCUGUGCCCUGCUCUGUCAGCAUACAGCUUCACAUCAACAGAGAGACACAUAGAGAGAGAGAGAGAGAGAGAGAAAGAGUGAGUGAGUGAGUGAGUGUGUGUGUGUGUGUGUGUGUGUGUGUUUGUGUGUGUGAAG